AUGACGUCAUUGCUCGGCGCCGACAGGAGCGAGGCCGGGCCGGGGCCCAUGAAGGAGGCUCCGCCCGCCCGCACGCGGGGGGAGGGGCCCCGAGCAGCCCCGCCCCCUCCCCUCCGGCGCUGGGGGGCGGGGCCGGCGCCGGGGGCGUGGCCGGCGGGGGGCGGGGCCGGGGCGCUGCUGGCGGCGCAGGGGCGCCCCCCGGCGGCGGCUGCGGGCGCUGCGCCUGCUGCGCCUCCUGCUGGCCCGCCCGGGGCUCUGGGGUGGGCGUGGCUCCAGGCCACGCCCCGCGGGGAGGAGCUCCCGCAAAGCCACGCCCCUCCCCGCCCGCCCCCGGCUCCUCCCACAAGCGGCGGGGGAGGAGGAGCGGAGGGGAGGGCCGGCUUGGCUCCGCCCCCCGCGGGGUUCCUGCCCCUCCCCCAGGCGGAGCUGCCGCCCCUCCCCCACCCGCUGGCGACGCCCCUCCCCCCCGAGGAUGAAGGUCCCCUCCUGAACGGGCUGGGGGGGGGAGGGGCGGGGGCGGGGCCUCUCCAGGGCUGCCCCUCCCCCCCCCGCGCCCCUCCCCCCCUCCUGCCCGGGCCCCAUCCUCAUCAGCAACGUCACCGGAGGGGGCGGGGCCGAGCCCGGGCCACGCCCCCCGCCCGGCUCCUGCCCCGCCCCUUCGGCCCGCCCCCAGCGCGGGCCCCGCCCCCGGCAGCCCAGCCCCCCCCUGCGGGAGGAGCACGUGACCUGCGUGCAGAGUGA